AAAGAAAUAAAAAUGGCUUCUCACUUCAAGAUGGCUUCCUUCAAAAUCCUGCUACUCUCAAUCCUCCUUUCAUCCACCCAUUUCUUCUCUGUGAAUUCACAUGAAUUUGAAGUUGGUGAUGAUAAAGGUUGGCUUGUCCCUUCCUCCAAAGAUGAUGAUUUCUAUGACCAAUGGGCUUCGAAACAAAGAUUCCAAGUUAACGACACAGUCAAUUUCAAGUACAAGGAGGAUUCAGUGUUGGUGGUGAGAGGUGAUGAGUAUGAGGAGUGUCAUUCUACACAUCCAAUUUUCUUCUCAAACAAUGGUGAUACCACCUUCACAUUGGAUCGUCCAGACCUGUUUUACUUCAUCAGUGGUGUAUCGGGUCACUGUGAGAGAGGACAGAAGAUGAUCAUUAAGGUGUUGAAACCGCCCAAGUCUCCCUCACCGCCGCCGCCGCCGCCGGCGAGCCAGAAUGGGACAAGUGAGCCUUCAGGUCACAAUGGAGCAGUUGCUAAAUUGGGAGCUCAUCCUAUUACAGUGCCACUGCUCGUAAUGUCUGUUAUUAUGGUUGCAUUCUUUAGGGAGUUCUUCUAA